AUGGAGAUCUUGUUGUUAGAGAUUGAAGAUCCAGGUUGCUUUUGGGUUACCUUGAAAGAAUUUGGACCUUACGUAGUCAGUGAAAUGGAGUAUAAGAACCGGAAUGCUGAAAUGAAUCAAUUCUAUGACCAAUCUUGUCAAGAUGUAGAUGAAGUAAAACCACCAAUGGUAGAAGAAGGCCAGGUUUGUGUGGUUUUCAGUGAGAAACUUAAAUGCUGGUGUAGAGCGGUUAUUAAGUCAAUCAUGUCUUGUACUCAUGAUUAUCAGAUAGAAUGCUUUCUUGUGGAUUAUGCCAAAUACAUUAUUGUUAAAUCAAAUGACAUUCGAGUUGCACUGGAAGCAUUUAUGCAGAUCCCCUAUAGAGCUAAAAAGUGUAGACUGUAUCGCACAAAGCCAGUGACAUUGCGUGUCGACUUAUGUGAAGAUACUGCAAAAAUAGUACCAGCCAAAAGAUGGGAUAGUGCUGCUACUCAGUAUUUUCAAAACCUUCUAAAGGCAGCUACCCAAAUGAAAGCCAAGUUAUGUGCUGUAGAAGAUAAUAUAUUUGAUGUUUUCCUUUAUGUGACAAUAAAAGAUGAAAAGGUAUGCGUUAAUGAUGAUCUUGUCGCAAAGAACUUUGCUCGUUUUGAGGAAGCUAAAGAGAAUACAGGGAGUUCUGCAGAUGAUCAGGAGAACCAAAUGUCAUUAAACAUUGAGUCUCUUCCAGUCAAAAUUGUUAAUCCUACACUUGCUUUCAGGCCAGUGCUGUUUCAGGAGAAGGUAUCAACAAAUCUUGAAACAGGUCUUGCUGUUGUUUCCAGUUCCUUUCUUGAGACAUACAAAAGGUCAAGCACAGACUUAAGUGAAAGUACUGUCUCUAGUUUUCAAAAUUUUAGUGAAGAAAGAAACUUUGUCUGUCUUAGCAACAAAAUUGAGCCAUCAUCAAUUCUGGAAACAGCACCACUUUAUGAGGAUCUGAAAAAGGAACUUAUUCGGAAAAAAUUUUCAGGCCCUAACUUCACAGAAUCUUACUGUUGGCCGCCGGUAGCACGAGGAUGUGAUGUAGUUGCCAUUUCCUAUGAGGGAAAUGAUCCUUUCUUAUAUAUUCCACCAGUUCUUACAUUUUUGCAGUCAACAAGUUGCUAUAAAGCCUUGUCACACAGGAGCGGCCCGCUGGCACUUAUUUUAUGUCCUGGGUGGAAGAAGGCACAACUUGUUUUUGAGCUACUGAAAACAUAUGGGAGAUGCUCCAGACAGCUUCAUCCAAUGUUGAUAAUACUUGGGCAGAACAAAGAAGAAGCGAGACGUGUGAAAAUACGAGGAUGUGAGGUAAUUGUGACUACACCAUAUAGCCUCCUGAGACUGUUUGAGUAUCACACUUUAUUAUUUUGUAGACUUUGCCAUCUUAUUCUUGAUGAGAUUGAAGUACUGUUAUCUGAUACUACUGAACAGGUUUUUACUAUAUUAGAUUGUUACAAGAAAGCAAUUAUUGCUGAAGAAUGGGAGUGUUCGCCACAUCAGGUCAUUGCUGUUGGAACUCGCUGGAAUAAACAUAUAGCACACAUGAUAAAGGAGUUCAUGAAUGAUCCUUACAUUGUGAUAACAGCUGUAGAAGAAGCUUCCAUCUAUGGAAAUGUGCAGCAGGUAGUGCAACCUUGCAUGAACAGCGAGAGAACUGCUGUGUUACUCAAAAUACUGGAUUUCACUGACAAUAAUCAGAAGGUGCUGGUAUUCACUAAUUCAGGAAAUGAAGCCGAAAUCGUUCAUAAGGCACUGAAGAGCAACUCAAUAUUUUCCUUGAAAAUACAUAAAGAGGGUGAAUUUAAUGUCAAGUAUAUCUUGGAGCAGUGGACAAAAAAGUGUCGUUCUGGGAGCCACAUUGUGUUAGUUUUAACAGAUGACUGCAUGCAGUCUUUGGGAAUUACGGAUGCAACUUGCGUGAUACAUUUCGGUUUUCCUUCUCCAAGAAUCUUUGGUCAGCGUCUACACAGCAUUUCUGACAACUUCUAUAACGGGAUAAAGGAUUCUUCUGUAGAUCAGGAAUGUACAAAGGCAAAGUCAGUCAUUCUUCUAACAGAAAACAGUGCUUGUAAUAACGCGCUUGGGAUCCUGCGCUAUUUGCAGCACGCAGAAGCUGAAAUUCCACCAGAACUGCAUGAUUUGACUGCCAAGACACUGGAAGCUGAAGAAGAUAAAUUGUCAAGGCCACUGUGUGCCUAUCUUAAAACAUUUGGCAUUUGCAAGAAUAGAACAGUAUGUCCAGAUCGUCAUCAAAUUAAUUUACAAAUGGACGUGUCCCAGAAUAUACCGGAUAAAAUUAUACAAACACCUGGAUGUGUGACAAUACUACCUCUCCACAUUGUAAAUGCGACCAACUAUUUUGGUCGAAUAGUAGAUAAAGAAAAGGACCAAUAUACAACUCUUAAUGAAGAAAUCAAUGAGUAUUUUAAGAAACCUAAUAAUAAAAUUUCAGUUAAAACUGUGGAGAAGCUGGCAUUUUAUGGAUUAUGUGAGAAAACACUUUUUCACAGGGUUCAGGUGGUAGAGAUUUCCCCAAAAGAGGAGGAAAAUUUGUUCUUUCAAGUCAAAAUUAAAUAUAUAGAUGAAGGCAGAACAAGUCAAGUUCCGAGCUAUCAGCUGCUUCACUUACCUGCAGAGUUUCAGUGUCUGCCACCUCAGGCUGUGGAAUUUAUAGUUUGUAGAGUGAAACCCAUUGAUAAUGAAAUUGAAUGGAACUCAAAGGUGACUCAUUAUAUUCAUCACAAAAUUAAAGGAAAACUACAUGAAGCAAAAAUAGUACAUACCUUGGGAAAUACAGCUUGGGUUGACCCAAUGAUCCGGGCUACCAGGCUUCCAGAUUUGAAGAUGUCUGUUGUUGAAUACAAUGUUCGAUCUGAGAUUUUGUCUACGGGUCUGGGAACUGACAAUCCAGAACAUCUAACACAACUUCAGAAGUUGUGUAGGCACGUGAAAGCGUUAGAUCAUGCAGAGAAUUUGGAGCCUUUAAGCAUAAAGGAGGAUGGAGAUGGUGCAGAGAAUGCAUCUAAUCUGCAGAAUAUAUCAGUACGAGAAAAUUCUACCAGAAAUUCCAAUUCUUCUAAAAUUACUUCUGAGACUCCUCCAUGUGAUGGUGUAGCUCAAGCUAAGGAAGUGGAAGACUCCACCCUGCAUCAGCGUAAAAGUUUUUUUCCAGAAAUAAAGUGGUUUCAAAAUGAAGAGACUGUUAAAAUGAAGGUAAAAAUAGCCAAUGUAGCAGACUGUCAAUGUGAGUUCUCUAAAGAGAAGGUGGUUUUCAGUGCGUGUUCAGGAGACAGAUUUUAUUUGGCUGACAUGGAGCUGAAUCAAUACAUACUUGCAGAAAAGUCUUCGUGUGUGAUUAAGGAUCAAGAGGCUGUUAUUGUUCUUGCAAAAGAGGAAAAAGGGACAUGGUGCAAAUUACUGAAGAACAAGAAUCCUCAUGUGUCUCUUGAUUUUGAACACUGGGAAGACUUGGAAGAUAAAAGCUCUUUUCCAGUUG